AUGGAUCGGAUAUCACGACUCGUCAGCUGCGUGCUGCUGCUCCUCUUACCCCUCGCCGCCGCCCUCAAAUUCGACCUGCACCCCGUCUCCCCCCACGAUGCAGCCAAGUACGAGCGCUGCGUGCGCAACUUUUGUGCAAAGGACCAAUUGGUCGUCGUGACCGCGAUUUUGGACGGAUACAGAGGAGAUGGUCAGAGAGUUGACAUGCAUAUCCGCGACUCCAUGGGCAACGACUACCACCGCCCCAAAGACGUCGUCGGCGAAAACCGCUACGCCUUCACCGCCCACGAAGACGCCGCCUUCGACGUCUGCUUCGAGAACGUCUUCACCGGCGCGUCCAAGACGACGCAGCCGCGCCACGUCGAGCUCGACAUCGACAUAGGAGCCGAUGCCAAGGACUGGAACGCCAUUUCGGCUGGCGAGAAGCUGAAGCCUGUCGAGGCGGAGCUGAGGCGCAUUGAGGAGACGGUCGGCGAGAUUGUCACUGAGAUGGACUACUUGAGGGCCCGUGAGCAGAAGCUGAGGGAUACGAAUGAGAGCACGAAUGAGCGUGUGAAGUGGUUUGCGAUUGGGACGAUGGCAAUGUUGAUUGGCUUGGGUGCGUGGCAGGUCAUGUACCUGCGGGCGUAUUUCAGAAGCAAGCAUCUCAUCUAG